GAGGGUGGCCGCGCCCUCUACUCGGGGAUUGCCCCUGCGUUGCUGAGACAGGCAUCUUACGGCACCAUAAAGAUUGGCAUUUACCAGAGUUUGAAGCGGCUGUUUGUAGAUCGCUUGGAAGAUGAAACGUUGCUCAUCAAUGUGAUCUGUGGAGUGGUUUCAGGGGUGAUCUCCUCUGCACUUGCCAAUCCAACAGAUGUGCUGAAGAUUCGAAUGCAGGCUCAAGGCAGUUUAUUCCAGGGUGGCAUGAUUGGCAGCUUCAUCGAUAUCUACCAGCAGGAGGGUACCCGAGGCCUCUGGAGGGGUGUUGUUCCGACAGCCCAGAGAGCUGCUAUUGUGGUUGGAGUGGAACUGCCAGUCUACGACAUCACCAAGAAACACUUAAUUCUGUCGGGCCUGAUGGGUGAUACAAUCUUUGCCCACUUCAUUUCCAGCUUUGCGUGUGGGCUGGCCGGGGCCAUUGCCUCCAACCCUGUGGACGUGGUACGGACACGGAUGAUGAACCAGCGGGCAAUAGUAGGCAGUGUGGAGCUCUAUAAAGGCACUCUGGAUGGUCUUGUGAAGACAUGGAAGAGCGAGGGCUUCUUUGCACUCUAUAAAGGUUUCUGGCCCAACUGGCUUCGACUUGGUCCCUGGAACAUCAUUACUCCAUGGUAGGCUUCACAGUUGUGGGUCUGGUCAUGGAUGAGUUUUCCCCGCCCUUUUAUCCCACCCAGACCUUCUGUGUUCUG